GAUGUGCAUUGAAAUUUUACUUCAAAUUAAAGAGUUUUUGGAAAGGAAGGAAAAUAUGCCGGAAAAAGGUAUCAUAAAAUCCAAGAGCGAUAACGACUUGUGUUACGUAUAUUACGGCAAGAUGUCCUUAGAUAAAUCUAGGAAGGUAAUCGACGGAGAUCUAACAAUGAGCUUAACGGAGAGAAGGGGAGGAAACAAUGAAGCAACUAAUGGAGAUCGAAGUGGCGGGUGUGGAAGCGGUGGCGGCGGCCCUGGAAUCGGUAUCCUAAACGAAGGUGAAGGUAACGAAGAAGAAGCAAAUGUUACAAGUGCCGAAGCUACAGUUGAAGAGAGUCAAGAAGAAAAUGAUGGUUUAUCAAAGACUAGGACAAAAUGUAGAAAAUAUUGCCCAAUCGUUGAUUUUCUAAUACUAAUCGGAUUUUCUGCGGUAGUUGCCGGCUUGGUAGUGCAUUUAAAAGGUUCGUUUUAA